AUGCUGCCGACUUGGCGACUGCGAGGCGAGGCUCGAGUCAGCGCCGCCAGAGCCAGACUCGAGGCAGACAGCUCAGCCGCCUCCGGUCGCGUCAGCGGUCAUCGAGGACGUCGUGGCUAUCAACGUUCGGCACGAACCAGCCUCUCGGUUGUCUUGGCAACGCCAGGCAGACAGUCGGCAGAGUCGGCCGGAGGCCUGUGCUCGAGUCCCUGCAGCGAGACGAGCUCGAGCCGCUCGGGUCUGCUGGUCUUCCAGCAGGGCCGGCACUUUCUCGCUUCAGGCCCUGCCGACCGUCAAAGACCUCUCGCCUCGACGACUCGUCUCGACGACGCCGCCGGGUUCGCCGGACUCGACGGCCAUCGGUUGCUCUCGCCGCGACCGGGACUCGACGGCCGACCGCCUCCUCCCAUUGGCCGUCUAGACGACCCACAGGCCUUGACCACUUCGACCCGGUGCCCUUCGGCCCCGAAGCCGAGCAGUCGUCCAACCUCCUCCGCCUCCGCCGCAUUCCCCCCCUCCGCCAAACCCCCCUCCCACUUCGCCUCGUGUCAC